AAUUAUGCAGUUUUCCCUACACCCAAUCUAAAACGCCAGCCGUCCUUGAGUUCUCAAAUACAAAAAUGUCAGCUUCCAUAUUUUUUGGCUCUCACGGAGCUUCAAUUUUCCGGAACCAGCUCUACCGCUGCCCACGCAUUGCAUCCCCUUUCCUCCUCGCCAACCGAAUCGUAUUGUUACGCGGCCACUGCUCGUCCGCAUCCGCGGCCGACUGUGUCCUCACAUUUCCAGUCGAGAGUUCUGAAAGUGAUGUCAAUGUUCGGCACCCUUGGCCAGAAUGGAUAAAUUUUGUUGACUGUUUGAAGACCAAAGGUUACUUACCUAAAAUCUCCGAUGCUUCUUCUUCUGUCGUUACCAUGAGCGAAGGGAGCGGUGAUGUGUCUGUUUAUAGAGAAACGAAUAUAUUGAAGAAUGCUUAUCUAAAUUUCGCUCGUGACCGUUUUGACAUUUUGAGUAACUGCUUGGCAUCCAUCAUCAGUAUAAAUGCAAAUAUUAGAGCUCAAAACGUAGAGGAAGAUGAUUCAAUUACAUUUGGUAACACGAAUGUUGCCUACCCAUGAUAUGCAAGCAGUGGUUCAAAAGGGAUGUCCUAAUCUAUUCCGGAAGGCUGUUAAUUCUGCAAAAAGGUUGAGAGUGUAUCUACAGCUCAAUGAAAGACAUGCAUGUGAUGCAUGCAAUUUGCGGGGCUCAUGUGACAGGGCUAAUGUAAUAUUAAAAGAAUCUGAAGGAUCUGCACGUACAGUUGAUAUUGUACGUCUACUAGUUUUGUAUGCGUUGGAUCCACUUGUAACAUCACGGGAGGAGAAGCCUCCUCCCAGAAGAGAACAAAUUGAAGCAUCUGUCAGAAAAUUGCUGUUGGAGUUGGUUGAGCUGAGUGAAACACCAAUAGACCCUAAACUAACAAAGCCUAUUCCCAUAACUUCUCCUGAAAUGGAACGAAGUACUGGUUACAUGGUUGACAAAGGCUUGGAAAGUGAUGAACUACAUGAACACUUAACGGGUCACAAGAAUAAGUUUAAUUCAGUAAGUUAUGGAAACAAUCCAAGGAUAAGUACAUGGAAAAAGGUUGGCAGGGACAAUGUUAAUAUGAAAAAAGGAGAUUGGAUAUGCUCCAAGUGCAACUUUAUGAACUACGCCAAGAACAUGCAGUGUUUGGAAUGCAAAGCAGAGGCAUCAAAAAGAUUUUUUGGUGAUGAUAUUGAAAUGCGAAAAGGAGAUUGGAAGUGCAUAAAAUGCGAGUUCAUAAAUUUUGCCAGCAGAAGUAGCUGUAGAAUUUGCACUGAGCCACAGCCCAAUCAACAACCAAAUCUAAGUGAGGACAGACCGAAGAGAUUACUCGGUAAUAAUGAUACUGAAAUGAGAAAAGGAGAUUGGAAGUGCACAAAAUGCGAGUUCAUUAAUUUUGCCAGCAGAAGUAGCUGUAAAAGGUGCACAGAGCCACAGCUCAAACGUGGGCUGAAUCCCGGGGAGUGGAAUUGUCCCUCAUGUGACUUCUUGAAUUACAGAAAAAACAUGGUAUGCAAGAAGUGCAAUCAUGAGCGCCCCAGAGAGUUGCAGACUUAGAAACGAUAUGAAGAGCAGCUAUGGAAGAAGCCUCCUUGUUAAGUCGCUAUACUAUACAGGGAUCCGUAAUAUAUAUGAGCUGAAAUUUUACUUGUAAUUUUUGUUGGAGUUCAAACAAGCGAUAAUUGACUCCUUGGAUAUUUAAAGGUUGUGUAAGUUCACUUUGUGAAUUAAUAUUUCUCUCAUAUGCUCGUGUUAUAAAUUAUUCAAUUUAGG